AAGCGAAAAAGCGCAAAUUCGCAACGCGCACACGCCCAUUCGCACACAACCACAACGCAGUCUCGCACCACACCACACGAGGCGAUCGACAGUAGCAGCAGCAGCAGCCAGCAGCGCCGCCCGCUCCGCUGCCGCGACCUCCUCUCCGGCCGCCAUCGGUCAAUCAGCAAUCUGGAAUGAUUUUUCAAUCUCAAGCAGGGAAAUUUCGAAGUUGGAUGAUAAUAUUCUGUUAGGGACAUGCUCCAACCAAGGGAAUCUGAUGUGCCUGUACUCUUUGUUAUAUUUAUUGUGCUUCCGGUGAUAGCUUAUUUUCUUCUGGGAAGAUGGCAUGAUGCUGUAAGUAAGAAGGCAAGGGUAAGUGUGCUGGCCCAGCGAGCUGCAGAAGAAACCUUUAAGGUGGAAACAAUGGCGACUCCAGAUGUCGUAUUGCCAGGACCUGCUUUGAGACCCAUGCCUUAUUUAAGAUCUGCAUCUUCUGCAAGAGCUGAAUACCAUGAGUGUGCUACUUGCCAUGGACCUGCUAAGACUCGCUGCUCCAGAUGCAAGUCUGUUAGAUACUGCUCUGGAAAGUGCCAAAUAAUUCACUGGAGACAAGGUCAUAAGCAAACAUGCCAGCAAUGGCAUGGUGGCUGCUCUGGUGGAUUACCUCCUACUGAGAGUACUGAACAGAUGCCGUUCUUAAGUAACCUUAACUCACCUCUUCGUGGGAGUGAUGCUCAUCUGCAUGACAUGGAUUUCGAUACCAUGUCAGAGCCAUCCUUCGUGACACCAACAACAGAUAGCUAUAAUCUUGAUACCAGCCCAUUUCUGUCAGACAGAAGCAACAUGAAUAAGCCAAACCAAUUUCUACAUACAAGUGAAAAUGGUGCUGCUAUUGGAUCGUAUGAGAAGAAUGAUUAUAGCAUUGAAGGAGAAGUCCCUUCUGGGAUUUUUCCAGGAAAUAAGGUUUCAAAUAACAGUUUUGGUUCAGAUGAAAACAGCGGCAACCGUGAUGUAAUUUAUCCUCUCAACAGUGUGGUACAUCAACCCAAUAAUUAUGCCCCUGAAACAAGAAAGCGACCCAAAGCAAGCAUCACGGUUUAUGAACCUGAUAAGGGUGUGUAUUUAACUUCUGAUAUGAUUAGUUCUGGUGAGGGAUCAUAUGCUUCUGCUGCAGAGUCACUACAAAGAAGUAACUCAUCUGGAAGAAUUACUGGAAAAGGAAACAUGCCACAUAAAAAACCUCCAUACCCAUCUGGUAAAGUAUCAUCAUCACAAAAAUUAAAGGAGGCGUCGACAUCACAUCAAUAUGACGGCCAUGAAAAUAAUCCCCACAACAAAAACGAGCAAAAAUCUACCAAAACAGUUGUUCCAACAAGCAACAAUUUGCAAGGCUGUAAUGGCAUCUCAAAAGUAGGAAUAUCGAAGGUUGAAGCUUUGAAGAAGCCCUCAAAAUUUCUCAAAACCAGUCUGGUGGGGUUGAUCAAUGAUAACAGGAGGAGUAAGGUACUGUUCCCGUAUGAAGACCUUGUUAAGUUUUUUCAGUAUGAAGUACGUGGCAUCUCACCCAGAGGUCUUUUCAAUUGCGGAAACAGUUGCUAUGCAAAUGCUGUUCUGCAAUGUCUCAUGUGCACAAAACCCCUGAUGAUCUAUCUGCUUCUGAGAUUGCAUUCCAAAGAUUGUUGCUCAAAGAAUUGGUGCCUCAUGUGUGAACUUGAGCAGUAUGCUUCAACUUUGCGUGAAAGUGGUGGACCUGUUUCUCCAAGUAGAAUACUUUCUAAUCUGAGGAAUAUUGGGUGUCGCUUGGGUGGUGGAAGUCAAGAAGAUGCUCAUGAAUUUUUAAGGCAUCUUGUGAUGUCUAUGCAAGGGGCAUGCCUGGAUGGACUUGGUGGUGAGAAGCAGGUAGAAUCAAGCUUGCAGGAAACUACACUGAUACAGCAGAUGUUUGGUGGCCGUCUUAAAUCUAAGGUUAAGUGCCUCAGAUGCUACCAUGAAUCUGAAAGAUAUGAGAAUAUAAUGGAUCUUACUUUGGAGAUUCAUGGUUGGGUGGAGUCCUUGCAAGAUGCUUUGACACAAUUCACUGCCCCUGAAGAUUUGGAUGGAGAAAAUAUGUACAAAUGUGGAAGGUGUUCCGCCUAUGUCAAAGCUAGGAAACAAUUAAGUGUGCAUGAGGUGCCAAAUAUAUUAACUGUUGUUCUUAAAAGAUUCCAGUCAGGGAAGUACGGCAAGAUCAACAAAUGUGUUACGUUUCCUGAUAUGUUGGACAUGGUUCCUUUUGUGACUGGAGCUGGUGAUAAUCCUCCUCUAUACUUCUUGUAUGCCGUGGUUGUGCAUGUGGAUACAGAAAAUGCAUCCUUCUCUGGACAUUACAUAUCAUAUGUCAAAGAUAUGCAGGGCACAUGGUUGAGAAUUGAUGAUUCAGAGGUCCAGGUGGUAUCACUGAAUCAAGUUAUGUCAGAAGGUGCAUAUAUGCUGUUCUACAUGAGAUCUUUUCCUCGCCCGCCGAAGAUUUACAUCGAGAAGGGCCUAUCACCUGUUCCAACAUGUACAAAGUGUCAUUCAUCAAAAUCCUCCAAGGGUUCUAGGCAAGACCUGAAUCAUACAGAGUCGCUCUUUGCUUCCAAUGAUCAAACCUACGGUAUAUAUGAUUUUAGACCAGACAAUGAGGGCUAUAUGCAAGAUCAUCAUGCUGCUUUGAGAUCAAGGAAUCUCUAUCGUACCGAUGAUGCUUUUGCCGACUCGGUUGGCACGGACUUCUCGGAUGCUACAUCAAGUGAAUGGUCACUGUUUACCAGCUCUGAUGAGUCCUCGUUUACGACUGAAAGCACUAGAGAUUCAUUCAGUGUUGUCGAUUAUGGUGAUAAUGCUGGUCUUGAUCCAAUUUCCUCUAUAUUUGGGCCUUAUUAUGCUCAAGACCAUCCUCCUGGCAGUUUCGCCUCAUGUACAAGGUUAUCACCCUCCAAUCCACAAACAAGGUACUUUCAAGAGAACACAGGCUUUGUCUCAGAUUCUUCCAUGCCGGCUCACCUGCACGGCAAUGUACAUAGAGGAAGAUAUCCAGACAGGGCCUGUGCUUCUUCAGCUGAACCUCCUGCUUCAGCAAAUCCGCGAAGCGUAUAUGGUAGGUAUGGCCUCAGUAGAGAAGGUUUUGUUCAAACAUCUGGAUUUUGUCAAAUGUAAUUGUCUACAUUCCAUAGUUUUAGCUGGAGUUUGGCAGCUGUGGUUAUCACUGCCAUUAAAUACCGCCUCAUGUUCUUUUAUUUCAGAUGAGGCAUAUUUAAUUUUUAGCUGCAUAUCCUAGGUUAGCUGAGUGACUCCAUGUAGCAGGGUAAUUAGAUUGUCUUAGGUGCCUAGCAUUUCAGGAGAUAUAUGUUAGAACACAGUGACAGGCUUUAUAUGCCAUCCAUUGUUCAACCAAAAGCCGGUCAAAUCAUUUAUCUAGUUGCUCAAAAUUGUAC